AUGGCGGCCCCCUUGGAACUCAGUUGCUGGGGAGGUGGCUGGGGGCUCCCAUCGGUGCACAGCGAGUCCCUGGUGGUGAUGGCUUACGCCAAAUUUUCUGGUGCACCCUUGAAAGUCAAAGUCAUAGAUAACACCUGGAGAGGUUCAAGAGGAGAUGUACCAAUUUUGACAACUGAAGACAACAUCGUUUCUCAGCCUGCAAAAAUACUAAACUUUUUAAGAAAACAGAAAUAUAAUGCUGAUUAUGAGCUCUCAGCAAAACAGGGGGCAGAUACACUGGCUUACAUUGCUCUCAUCGAAGAGAAGCUUCUUCCUGCAGUGCUUCACACAUUCUGGGUUGAGAGUGACAAUUACUUUAAUGUGACAAGGCCAUGGUUUGCUUCACGAAUUCCUUUUCCCUUGAGUUUGAUCCUGCCUGGAAGGAUGUCUAAGGGAGCACUAAAUAGAAUUCUUCUGACCAGAGGAGAGCCUCCCCUUUACCACCUCCGAGAAGUGGAAGCUCAGAUAUACAGAGAUGCCAAGGAGUGCCUAAAUCUUCUGUCGAACAGAUUGGGAACAUCUCAGUUUUUCUUUGGAGACACGCCGUCUACCUUGGAUGCAUAUGUGUUUGGUUUCCUCGCGCCCCUUUAUAAAGUACGCUUUCCUAAAGGUCAGUUACAAGGACAUUUGCAACGGCUCUCCAACCUGUGCCGCUUCUGUGACGACAUCCUGCACAGUUAUUUUAGGCUUAGUCUUGAAGCAUUUUCCUGCAUGAACAGAAAUCAGCAGCAGAUUGAUUUGGGCAUCUCUCCUGCUGGACAAGAAACGGUAGACGCAAAUCUGCAGAAACUCACACAACUUGUAAAUAAGGAAUCCAACUUGAUUGAAAAGAUGGAUGACAAUCUUCGCCAAAGCCCUCAACUUCCUCCCCGGAAACUGCCAACACUUAAAUUGACUCCAGCAGAAGAAGAAAGUAAUUCCUUACAACGGCUAUCACCCUGA